AAGGAAGGCAGCCCACUUUUGCCCGCAAAAGACUUGGACUGACUUGACGGAGGCGCCUGUUGCAGCUGUGCGACUUCUUUUCUUGUGCCUUUUUCGCCCUUUUCGCAAAUAACACAAUCAAGUCAGGUCGGCAGAAAAAGGUGCUCCGUAUAGCGACAGACAUUCACCUCCAUUUAUCCAAUGUGGCGUUCAGCUUGCGUCUGGCAUUCUUGUUCCCGGCUCGAUAAGAGAACCUCGUCUCCGCUACACUUGCAAUCUCCGACCGCCAAAGUCCCUCCAUGCCUAGGUGAGCAGAGGCUAUGGAUCAGAAGAGGAAGCGGGAGCUCCGCGAUCUAAAUGACCGUGCGUGGGCUGGGGAAGACGGCAUUUUUGACGUCAGCAAGUCCCUCGACUCAUCGCUCAAAAAGAAUACCGCAUUCAUAAAGCGUCUCCGCACCGGAAUCACCGCCUCUACGCUCUCUACGUUCAUCGCCGAUAUCCGUACCUUGUCGCUUCAUAAAUACCUUUCGGAGAUUAUUUCAGCCUGCUAUGAAGGCCUCUCGAAAUUGAAGUCUCCCGGGGAGGUUGCCGCAGGAGUGGAAAUCGCGAGUGCCUUGCACCAGAGAUUCGGCCCAAAUGAAUUCACGAAACAGGUCGGGUGGUUGUUAGGACGAGGACUGAGCUCGCCCGAUAGAUCGCAACUGAAAGCACUUAGCCAGGAAGUUCGUGAGCGGGAGGAGAAGGAGCGAAUGUCAAGGCACCGCAUUCUUCUCCGAGUAGUGACUGAGUUAUGGCUCGUGGGAUUUCUGAAAACGUUGGAUGAUAUAGAACGGCCAGAUGAUGUUGGUGCGAAGGGAAAGGAUGGCGCCGCAGUCGCUGGAGGGAAGACCGUUGAUGGACCUUCGAAGACAAGAGCUGGCAAGGGUGAUCAGGAUAAGGAAACGGACCCUUUCCCUUUGGAAGUAUUGAAGGACCUUUUGGGUCAUGACAGGGAGCAUGUAAAUCUUCCUCUUGCUGUUUUAUUUGUGAAAACCUUCAGUUGGGAUGUAUUGGGUGCAAAGCCUAUUGAAGAAGGUCGCAAAACUGUUGACGCGGAUGGCGCUACUACUGCUGAGGAUCAGGAUAUACAAGCCGAGCAGACUAAUGGGAAUGGAGAAUCGUCAACAGAACUUCCAUUGACGAGUGAGAAACUGCAGAUGCGCUUCAAGAAUAUUCUUACUCGGUAUUUGGAGGAUGUGAAGGCCCACCUUGUUCGCGAUCAAAAGGCGUUGGCUGCCCAAAACCGUCGAAAUGCAGAGGCAUAUGUCAAGAGUGGCGAAAUCUUCGAAGACCGCCAGGCGAACUUUGAAAAACAGUCCAAAACGCACGAGAAACUGGUUGCCAACACUCAGAUAAUGUGUGAGAUUCUUGGAGUGGAAAUGCCUCCUCUAGCCCAUAAAGAAGCCACUGAUGCUUCAGCAGGCGGAGGAAUCGGUCUUGUCAAAACUGCUGAAUAUCUUCGUGGGCAAGGCGAUGGGGCAGGGAUCUGGGAAGAUGAGGAGGAGCGCCGAUUCUACGAGAACCUCGUCGAUCUUAAAGGAAAAGUGCCUGCUGUGCUGCUGGAAGAUGGCAAGAAGAAAAAAGGGGAGGGAGAAGAGCUGACUAAAGGUCAAGACACAGUAGAAAAGGCAGAGCCUUCAGCUGGGACUCCUUCAUCAGACGCAAAACCCGCCGCGGAAGCUGAUAGCGAGUCUGCUGCACUUGUGAAUAAGACUGUUGGAGCACAGGUGGACGCUCUGCUCAUCAAACUACCUGACCUGCAAAACAAGGAUCAGGUGGAUCAGCUUGCUCUAGACUUUUGCUUCUUGAAUUCGAAAGCUUCUAGAAAUCGCUUGAUCAAAGCGGUACAGGAUAUUCCCAAGGGCCGUACCGACCUUUUACCUCUAUACUCACGAAUGAUCGCUACUCUUGGACAGCACAUGCCCGACGUUCCACAAGGGUUGAUUGCUUAUCUGGACGAGGAAUUCAGGAGUCUGCAGCGUCGCAAACAAAAGGAGUUUCUGGGCCAGGUCCGUAUGGUUAAUAUACGCUAUCUUGCAGAACUGACCAAGUUUGGUGUUGUUCCUGAGCACGUAAUUUUUCACUGCCUCAAGGUCUGCCUAGACGACUUCUCUCGCACCAAUAUCGAGAUUAUGGGUAACCUUCUCGAGAAUUGUGGUCGCUAUUUGUUACGAAAUCCUGAAUCGUCACCUCGUAUGGCUUCUUUUCUCGAAACUCUGGGCCGCAAGAAGACUGCUACCCAUCUGGGUCAGCAAGAGAGGAUGAUCAUCGAAAAUGCGAUGUACUAUGUUGAUCCCCCUGAAAGACCUGCGAUUCAACAAAAGGAACGCACCCCAAUGGAGCUUUACAUCCGGAAGUUGAUAUACUUGGACAUGAAUAAGCGAAACUAUACAAAGGUUUUGAAGUCUAUCCGGAAACUCCAUUGGGAGGAACAAGAGGUGGUUGACAUUCUUGAACGCGUUUUCAGCAGGCCGAGCAAGGUGAAGUAUGGUAAUAUUCACUUACUGGCCAUUCUUGCAAGUGCUUUGUAUCGUUACCACCAGGAAUUUGUCAUUGGCGUGGUGGACAAUGUACUGGAGUCGAUCACAUUGGGAUUGGAGCAGACCGACUUCAAGUUCAACCAAAAGCGCAUUGCAGAGGUCAAGUAUCUGGGUGAAUUGUACAAUUACAAGAUGAUUGAUUCUCCAGUGAUAUUCGACGCAUUGUACCGAAUCGUUGUAUUCGGACAUGAAAACGGGACACCAGCACCUGGAAAGAUCAAUCCAUUGGACAUGCCAGAUGACUUUUUUCGAAUCCGCCUCGUCUGCACAGUUCUUGAUACUUGUGGAGUGUGUUUUGACCGAGGGUCGGCAAAGAAGAAACUGGAUUUCUUUCUCACCUUCUUUCAGUUCUACAUACUGACCAAGGAGCCUAUGCCGAUGGAUGUCGACUUUCUCGUUCAAGACACCUACGCUUUGGUUCGUCCUCAAUGGAAAAUAGCAACUGAUCUUGAGGAAGCUGCUCAAUUGUUCGGCGAAGCUGUUGCACAAAACUACAAGGUUCAGGAGGGCGAUAGAGUCGCAGAUGGUGAAGAGGAUGAGAUCGAAAGUGUGUCUUCCGACGGCAAUGGCGAGGAUGGCCUAGAGGAAGACGGCGUGCCCGAUAUUGAGGAUGCACAAUCUUCAACAGAGGAAGCUGAUCCAUUCAUCAACCACGCUGAUCAAGACGGUGACUCUGAAUCAGAAGAAGAGCAGAUUUUCGUUCAGCGCCAGGAAGAAGAAAGAGAUCCAGAAGCAGAGGCGGAAUUCGACCGCGCUUUUGAUAAGAUGAUCGCGGAGAGUAUGGAUGGUCGAAGGUUUGAACGAAAGGCUGCAUUUGACAUACCUCUUCCUAUGAGGCCAUCUCGCCGAGAAGUCGGUGGAGGAGACGAAGUAGCAGCUGAGGCACCGCCACCUUCUAAUACGAUGGCAUUCUCCUUGAUGACGAAGAAGGGAAAUCGACAGCAGACGCGCACUAUUGAGAUGCCGUCUGAUUCUAGCUUUGCAGUCGCGAUGAAGAGUCAGCAACAAGCGGACCGUGAAGAGCAGCAACGUAUCAAGAAUCUUGUUCUCAGCUAUGACCCAGGAGAUGCUGAACAAACCGAUGGACUCGAAAAACGCGCGCCGCGAGACAACAGAAUGGACAAAUCGAACCGUGCCCAGUUCCGUGCACGCCGACUUCAGCUCAGCGAUGUUGACUGGACCUGAAAUCCUGCUAAUAUCCAGCUACCAAUCCAUGUCGAUAGAUCCACCGAAUUCCUCCAGCACACGCGGUUCUCGUGCCCCCGCCAACGACACCCACACCUUGCAUAUUAUAUACAGUGGAUCGAAUUCAUGUAUUAUACAAGACCGCUUGGCUGUAUCCUACGGGUGACCACUAGGUGAGUUGUGUUGUGGAAAGGGAAUCCAACAAGAAGAAACAAGGCCCGUGUGAAUAUCUCAGGAAAGACGUGCAAUUCUUGUCUGCACCAAAGAUAGUGAUGCAUGUAAUAGCACUUCAGCAGCUGUUUAGGAGCCAACUUCAAGUUACUGAUUUUGAGAGUAAAAGUAAAAGAUUUCGUCUCAUCCUACAAA